UUUAGUUUUCAUUUUUCAUUUUUCUAUUUUUUUUUUCUCGUAAAAUUUUUCUUCUUUCUCUGCCUCCGUCGACUCUUCACCCACAGUGUUCUUCAAUUCAACCCUCCUUCGUAUCCAUGAAACCUCUUCUCUCUUAACCAAACCAGCUUCGUGAGGGUCUCAUCAGGUUCUUCUUCUGCUUCCAUGGAGGUGAAUGCAGUUCAAGUUAAUAACAACCUAGCGAAUGGUAUCGAUGAGCAACGAGAUGAACAAUCACUUUCUCCGGAAAGGUCCAAUGCAUAUAAUGUGUUCGGUGAUCCGGAUCCCGACUUAUCUCCCCGGGUGGGUGAGGAGUACCAGGUUGAAAUUCCUGCUUUGAUUUCAAAAUCCGAGUAUUGUUUGAUUGGAAGGAAUGCCGACGAGGCAGAAAGUACUCUUCUUAACUUUGAAGUAGGAUUACCUAUUCCAAUUAUAUGGAUAAAGGAUGGAGCAGAGAAGAUCAACACCGAUCCACCGAAAAAUGAAUGCAAGUUGAAUCCUAAACUUGAGGCUAUUGGCAGUACAUUGUUCAAUAGAAAGAAUUCUAAUAUGCAGCAGGAAACAAAGAUUGGGAUGCAAGAGGAGGAUAGACAUAAAGGGCAGAUUCUGGUUCCGGGUUCUCGAAGUGACAACUGGACUGAAGUUGAAGAGGCCGGUUUCGUCCUUGGUUUGUAUAUAUUCGGGAAGAACCUCGUUCAAGUGAAAAAAUUUAUCGGCAAUAAGAAGAUGGAGGAUAUAUUGUCAUUCUAUUAUGGGAAAUUUUAUAAGUCCGACAAAUAUCAGAGAUGGGAUGGAUGUAGGAAAAUGAAAAGCAGGAAACGCGUUUUCGGGCAAAGAAUUUUCACUGGACAAAAGCAAAACGAGCUUUUGUCUCGUCUACUACCGAAUGUAUCAAAGGAAUGUCAAAAGAAAUUACUUGAGGCAUCGAAUGCAUUUGUAGAGGGAAAAAUGCUUUUAGAAGAAUAUGUUUUAACUCUAAAAGCUUCGGUUGGGAUCAAUGCACUUGUUGAGGGAGUAGGAAUUGGUAAAGGGAAACAAGAUCUUACAGGUAUCUCUAUUGAUUCUGUAAAGUCCACUCCAGCCGUUCCGUUUCGCCCUGAAAUACCGGUUGGUAAAGCAUGUUCAAUGCUUUCAACUUCAGAGAUAAUAAGCUAUCUAACUGGUGACUUCAGAUUAAGUAAAGCUCGAACAAGCGAUCUCUUUUGGGAAGCUGUUUGGCCUCGUCUACUUGCCAGAGGUUGGCACUCGGAGCAGCCUAGAUGUUAUAACUAUUCGGUUACUUCUAAGAAUCCCCUGGUCUACCUUGUCCCCGGAGUUAAAAAGUUUUCAAGGAAGCUCGUGAAAGGGAAUCACUAUUUCGAUUCUCUAUCUGAUGUCCUCAACAAAGUUGCGUCCGAUCCUGAGCUAAUUGAUCUCGAGAAAAAUGUGGAUGAUGACUUCACAAGCAAGGAAGGAAACGGGUGGACGAAAGAUACAAAACUGGAUACUGAAGAUUCCCCGGCUGAUCAGCCGCGUCAUUGCUAUCUCAAGGUAAAAACUCCAAAUGACAGUGCAGAUGUAAUUAAAUUCACUGUUGUGGACACAAGUCUAGUGAGCGAAAAAACGAGGAAUGUGAAAGAAAUGAAAAGCCUACCAUCUGGAGUUUUAACAGCUUCUAGUUUGGAAAUUGAUUCAGAUGAUGAAAAUACUUCUGAAGACGAGAAAACAAAUGAAUCUGAGUCUGUAAAUAGGACAUGCUUUGAUAGUGGGAAGAACAAUGUUACUAAAGCCGGUAAACUUAACACUGUUAAGGGCGAAUCUUCAGACUUGAGUGGUUUUGAAAGCAAGCCUUCAAAAGAGAAGCUUCCAAGAAGCAACAUGGCCUGCACUAGUGUAUCAGCUGUCUCGAUAGACCAGAAGACGGACUUCUUAGAUAACAAAAAGAGAAAAGACCGUAUGAAGUGUCAAUCACCCCCGAGAAUGGUAUCUGAUAACAUAGCUGAUCUGGUCCCUAUUACGAAAAAGAGAAGGAGAUUAACUGCAUGUAGCCGUGCAAAGACAAACGGAAGCACGGCUAAUUUCUUUGGGGCUCCUCCGAGAGUUAAAGAAGAGGAGGCCAGUUUCUGUGGGGAUCAAGACAACUCCAAAUACAGGAAGAAUGCAACUGCUGAUUUUUUGGCUCCUAGAGUAAAACAGGAGAAGUGUCCUUACAAUCCAAAAUCUAGUGAUAGUGUUCAUUCAUCUGCAGAGAAGUUAAUUCCACCUCAGGAAGUUAACUAUUUAGCACGUUUUCCAACUCAGGAGACAAAAAAGUUAGCAGAACCUCUGCCAAAUCUCGGCUCAUUCAUCUGCAGAGAAAGUGUUCCUGGUACGAGUUCCUCGGGCUCAAGGGAACAACCUCCGAAACCUCAGCCACGGACUAUGAUUGACCUUAACUUACCUGUUUCACCGGAAGUUGAUGUUGAUGAAUCUUUUGUGAAUGAAAUGAAAGCUGAUACAAGCAAGGAGUCAAACGACGUCAGUGCAGGGACAAACGUCGAACUGGUUGAUCACUCAGAGCAGCAGCCUGAUGUACAAUCCCGGAGAACAGGCACGGUUGAUCACUCAGAGCAGCAGCCUGACGUACAAGCCCGGAGGACAGGCACAAGAAACCGACCCCCGACAGCAAAAGUUCUGGAAGCUUUUGCCUUUGGAUAUCUAGACAAAAAGGAGAAACGUGUCAGAAGUAGGGACAGCUCAGGAUCCAAAGCUUCGCGACGCGUGCGUCAUAAAGCGGAAGGCUCUAGUAGCGGUGUUGUUGCAGAUUCUGGAAAAGAGGAAAGAGCGAAUUUUGCCUGUAACGGUAAUGGUAGCACUGGCAGGAAAGGCGACGUGUUAUAUACAGGUUUCAACAAUGAUGUCUUAUAAUAUGAGAUAUAAUUUGUUUCUCUGUCUCAAUACUUAGAGAUAGCAGCAUGUGAUAUUUCAUUGGUUGAACUAGUACAGUACAUUAUACAUAGUUUGAUGUUAGAUACAAUCUUCGGAUUCGAAGGAAGGUUUAUAGCUUAUAAGGCAUUAAAGUCUUUCUCUCAGCUGUGUACAUUACAGCAUAUGUGAAGUUGAACUUUUAUGAUUUUUCCAUUUCAUAGCUGUAAUGCCAAAAACCAAUCUCUUGGUGCCCCCACCCAGGUGAAUUGUGAAAAUGGAGCAGUUACAAUGCAAUGCAAAGUAUUUGGCUUUCAUUCUAAAGUUGAUUGAAUACAUACACAUAUGAUGUAACUUUCAUUCAUGACUGAUUGUUGGUUGCUUGUGAUAAAUCAGUCUUUUCCUUAGUGAUCCAUGCAGUCUUUGUGGUAAUAAGCAUAAGAAACCCACACACAAAAACUUUCUUUCUUACAAGGAAAUAUAGCAUAUUUUUUAAGUGUAUUAUUUA